ACGGCUGAGCCCGGGCCGCCCGCGCCGCGGCCCCGAGCCCCCGCUCCCUGCCUGCCGGGCCGCUCCGAGCAACGGUGCUCCGGGGCUCCAAAGUCGGGCAGCCGGGGCAAGUGUCUUCAUGAACCCAGAGGAUGUCCGGGAAGCACUACAAGGGUCCUGAAGUCAGUUGUUGCAUCAAGUACUUCAUUUUUGGCUUCAAUGUCAUAUUCUGGUUUUUGGGGAUAACGUUUCUUGGAAUUGGACUGUGGGCGUGGAAUGAAAAGGGAGUCCUGUCCAACAUCUCUUCCAUCACUGAUCUUGGAGGCUUUGACCCAGUGUGGCUCUUCCUCGUGGUGGGUGGAGUGAUGUUCAUUUUGGGAUUCGCAGGGUGCAUUGGAGCGCUACGGGAAAACACAUUCCUUCUCAAAUUCUUUUCUGUGUUCCUGGGAAUUAUUUUCUUCCUGGAGCUUACUGCUGGGGUUCUGGCAUUUGUUUUCAAAGACUGGAUCAAAGACCAGCUGUAUUUCUUUAUAAACAACAACAUCAGAGCGUACAGAGAUGACAUUGAUUUGCAAAACCUCAUAGACUUCACCCAGGAAUAUUGGCAGUGCUGUGGGGCUUUUGGAGCUGAUGAUUGGAACCUAAAUAUUUACUUCAAUUGCACAGAUUCCAAUGCAAGUCGAGAGCGAUGCGGCGUGCCCUUCUCCUGUUGCACUAAAGACCCAGCAGAAGAUGUCAUCAACACUCAGUGUGGCUAUGAUGCCAGGCAAAAACCAGAAGUUGACCAGCAGAUUGUAAUCUACACAAAAGGCUGUGUGCCCCAGUUUGAGAAGUGGUUGCAGGACAAUUUAACCAUUGUGGCUGGCAUAUUCAUAGGCAUUGCAUUGCUGCAGAUUUUUGGGAUCUGCCUGGCCCAGAAUUUGGUUAGUGAUAUUGAAGCUGUCAGGGCUAGCUGGUGAGCCCUUGCUACAGCCCUGUAAGACACUGGACCUGUAAGACCCAGCCUUUGCGACCCUCCCACGUGCCGAACUGAUACCCACGCUGCACAGACCCGCAUCCAGAGGCCUCCUGCAACCCACCUGAGGGAGCUGCCAAGAACUUGUUUCGUGGGGGUGAACCUGGGCAAUGCUGCUCACUGACAGAAUUUUUUUUUAAACAAAUAACCAGUAUGAAAGUUGUUGCGCCGUGAAUCUCUACUGUAGCCGUGAGUUAUGGAUGGUUGGAUGUGUACCAAAAAAGAAAAGAAGGGAGGGUGGGGGACCUGGCUGUGCUUGGAAUUGCGGAAGACUCAGUCUUGUCCUCUACUUCAGCAACUACUCAUCCCCCGUCGAGGGACUGCUUCUGUCCUCCGACCUGAAGAAGCUCAUCUGCUUUGAAAUGCAGCGCUUACCUGGCAGCACAGUGGCUUUUUGGCAUCCUACCACGUACAUUUAUUGCAAGAAACUGAAGAAGAAAACAUCUUGUGUUUGGGUUCAGAGUUUUUGAUCAUAUCCAGCUGGUGACUCAGGCGGGCACCCUUGGUCUGUCCUGGGGUGUCUCCUUAUCAGAGAGGUGGUAUGUCCCACGGGCAGUCAGCAGCAAGUGUUGGAAGACUCAUUGAUGCCAUAUUUUAGCAGGUUGAGCUUUUUUCUAAGUAUGAUUGAGCUUUAUUUAUCCGUAAAAUCCAAGGAGAAAAUGAAGUUAAUGAGAGGCAUUAGUGAAAUCCUCCUUCACCCUCCCCCACCAAAUCUGUAGUUGGAUUCUUUGGAAAUUCUGGACUACCCUGAGUUGUUUUACUGUUUUGUUUCAUGUUCUUUGUCUCCCAAAGGUGAAAGCUAUGAACAGUUCCUCUUAAAUUUUAAAGUGCUUUCUUACUCAGCUUGAAUAUUAAUUUUUUUAAUAAUCUUAACCUGUAACCUGCAUGAAUCUGAACCCAUAGUCUCCCUUUCCUGCCAUCUUGCCUACAGACCUUUGGAACUGUCAGUCCGCAUUUAUUCCAUAGGUUCACAGCCUUGGGAGGAUGCGGAGUGGCAUCCCAGCCUGGCUGGGAAGUACUAGCUGUGCCAUCGCACAUGCUUCCACGGACUCAGGGUCCAUUCCAGUGGCCUCUCCUGCACCUUCCCAUUUCUCUUCUUUGAAUGGAAUUGAAGCCAAUUCCAAAACAGUGUUGACGCAAUCAAAAAGCCUCCAUUGGGUGUUUCUUGCAGUUUUUGUUUGCUGUUAUUAACAAAAGGAAAUAGUGCAUGGCCGGAACCCCUUCUGUUCUCUUACUAUAGAGCAGCCGUCAGGAUGGUAACAAAGCACAAAUAUUCUGGAAGGGAGUGCACGAGAGUGGGGCACAUAUUCUGAGACACAAGGUGGGAAGCCACUUCCAGGUGCUGCUGUCCCUGCCCCACCCUGGGUGGGAGGGACAAGUUUUGCUCCCCAGGUUUCAAUCCAACUGGUGUCUAUUGGAUCCUGCCCUCCUGGGGGGUAAAUAUUAGGGUGUGGAUUGCUAGGGACACCAUAGGCAUGUUUUACAGUGGUGACACAUGUGCUGGCACACGACUGGGCAGCUGGCUUAACAUACUUCGUGGACCGUCACCCCCAGAUGGCACCGCAGUAACUGAUGUGUCCAUCUGCUUAGAGAAAGGACAGGAAUUCUUUCAAAACCUCAUCUCCACCAUUUGGGUGUGUAGGAUUCUGCAUGUGUGUGUUUGUGUCUCUGUGUAGGUAGAGAUGCUCAUUCUGUAUUCUGCCUGUAAGGUUAUCUUCUUUCAUCCCUGCCCCACCACAGUUGUCAUUUUGUAAUGUCAUCCCAACAUGGAGAAGACUUGAGUUCUCCAACUGGCACUUUUGUCUUUUUUAUUACCUCAGUGAACUCCAUCUGACCAGUUGAUUCAGAAUCAGGCAAGAUCCCCACCCUUUGAGACAUCCAGCGAAAGGCCAAACGGCAAGUCCGAGUGAGUUUUAAAUUUUAAUUAAUCACCCUUUAUUUUUUACACUUGAGAGUGAUUGUAAUCAAGGCUGUCAUGAAUAAACUUGGUUCUACCU